CGAAGAAAAUCCGAGCGUGCGAUGCGAGUGACGACGACGGCAAAACGCGCUUUUUCUUGUGGUACCGUGUUUUAUUGGAUAAUUUUGGCUUUAGUUUUGCUUAAUUUCUUAUAAAAUCGCGAAAAAGUUGGUAUUAAAUUAAGAUUGAAGAGUGUAAAAGUGUAUUAUCUUUGAUACCCGUUGUGCUUAUCAUGCUAGAAGCUGCCAACAAACAUCAGAAACCUGAUAGCGUCGAAACGAACAAUAGCAGCAAAAGCAUCAGCCAUGUCGAAUCACAGCAGCAGCAAUCGCGCCGUCAAGGUCAGUCAGCAGCAACAACAGCAUCAGCAACAGUCACUUCGCAAGCUAACCCACCGUCGUCCGUAGUAGUGGUGGAUGGAAGUAGUAGCAACAGUAAUUACGAUUUGGCACACUUUGAACCAGUUCGUAUUCUGAACAACAACAGUACACACAAAACCGUAUCGUUGUUGGGACAUUUCGGUAAUUUAUCUCGCGACAGUUACGCGAUCAUUGUAUUGGAAAAGACGGCCUUCACCGAGGCCCAACUACGAAAUAACUCGUGUCGAGAAGUGACGACAGCAGGCACAGACGUCGAGAAAUCGACGACGACGACGUCAAGAGAAAGUGAAUCCAAUAAUUCAUCCACGAUUGCAGAAGAAGCAGCUGGUGAAAGAAGUUUUUUCACAGCCAAAUCUCAUCUUAGAACGGAAUUUAUCAACGAUAUCUACGGCAAUUUUCUGUGCGUAACCGAUCCGGAAGUAAAUCAGCUAAAGGUGACCAUAAUCUACCCAGCCAGCAAGCAACAUAUUUCGAAAUAUUCAGCACACGCGAGAUAUCUCGUAGAGGAGACGGUGCACGACUAUCGAAGCGUGACGUUGCCCCACUUGGAGCAGGAACAGCUGAGCUUGGAGUGGUUGUACAACAUCCUAGAGCACCGCAAGGAAACGGACCGCAUCGUAUACGAGGAUCCCUCGGAGGAGACCGGUUUCAUCCUGCUGCCGGAUCUGAAAUGGGACGGUAAAACCGUAGAACAACUGUAUCUUCUAGCAUUGGUUCACCCGAAGGGAAUCAAAUCGUUGCGUGAUCUCACCGCUGACCAUUUACCACUGUUGAGAAAUCUCAAGGACAGCGGAACCCGAGCAAUCAAACAACGGUACGGAAUCGACUCCGACCAUUUGAGAAUCUACGUUCAUUAUCAACCAUCGUUCUAUCACUUGCACGUGCAUUUCACCUAUCUGAAGCACGAUCCUCCGGGGAUUCACUGCGAGAAGAGUCACCUGCUGACGACAAUUAUCGAAAAUUUAGAGCUCGUGUCGGAUUACUACCAGAAAGUAACUCUCUCCUGCGUGCUUAGUGAAACUGAUAAACUGUAUGUAAAAUUGAAGGCAGCUAAGAAGACGGCUGACGAGCAACCCGAAGCCAAACGUGCAAAAUUAGAAUAGUUAUCAAUAUCAAUCGACCGUAUUUAUAGCCGCAUUUCUUAGACAUAACAAUCAUAACCAAUCAAUCAAUCACUCAAUCAGUAAACCGUA